GUUGGAGUCCUGGGUGCUUCAAAAUAUUGUGAGAACAAUUGCCGCACAGUAGGUUUUGGGGGUUGUACUUGUCCUGAUAUAAAUGUUUGUCCUUCCUUCUACGGAAACGAUGAUAUCUAGAAGGAGGCGUCGGGUCCAACUACGAGUCUUGGAGCAAGUUCGACAGUUGAGCCUAGGGCUGUCUGGCGAGUAAUCGGGAAAUUAUGGGCCUGCCGGCGAUGGAUUCCAUGGCGGCGGCGAUUGGAGUAUCGGUCCCGGUUCUUCGGUUUCUUUUGUGCUUCGUCGCCACCAUUCCAGUCAGCUGGUUCCACCGGUUCGUCCCCGGAGGACCCACCGCUCGCCAUUUCUAUGCCGCGGUGACCGGCGCGGUUCUUUCGUAUCUUUCGUUUGGAUUCUCGUCUAAUUUGCAUUUUCUAGUGCCGAUGCUUUUAGGUUACGCGUCGAUGGUGCUUUGCCGGAAGUACUCUGGAGCUAUUACUUUCUUUCUGGCGUUUGGAUACCUAAUUGGGUGCCAUGUGUACUACAUGAGUGGGGAUGCAUGGAAGGAAGGAGGUAUAGAUGCUACAGGAGCUCUAAUGGUGAUUACCCUGAAAAUCAUAUCAUGUGCCAUGAAUUAUAAUGAUGGAUUGCUCAAAGAGGAAAGCCUACGUGAGGCACAAAAGAAGAAUCGGUUACUUAAGCUACCAUCAUUUCUUGAGUACGUGGGUUACUGUCUCUGUUGUGGAAGCCACUUUGCUGGUCCUGUGUAUGAAAUGAAAGAUUACCUUGAUUGGACUGAGAAGAAAGGGAUCUGGCAACCUGCGGGGAAGGGAUUGCCCCCCUCCCCUUAUUGGGCAACAGUCAGAGCUCUUCUGCAGGCUGCUGUCUGCAUGGGUCUUUAUCUGUAUCUUGUUCCACAUUUUCCAUUUUCCCGAUUCAUGGAACCUCUAUAUCAAGAAUAUGGGUUUUGGAAACGAUUAAGUUACCAGUACAUGACGGGCUUCACUGCUCGUUGGAAGUAUUACUUUAUAUGGUCAAUCUCAGAAGCUUCUAUUAUUAUUUCUGGUUUGGGGUUUAGUGGGUGGACAGACUCCAACCCCCCCAAACUGCAGUGGGACCGUGCAAAGAAUGUUGAUAUCUUAGGUGUUGAGUUGGCCACAAGUUCUGUGCAGUUACCACUUGUUUGGAAUAUUCAAGUCAGUACCUGGCUUAGACAUUAUGUCUAUGAUAGGCUGGUUCAGAAAGGUAAGAAGCCAGGUUUCUUCCAGUUGCUUGCUACUCAAACUGUCAGUGCAGUUUGGCAUGGGCUGUAUCCUGGGUACCUCAUGUUCUUUGUACAGACUGCUCUAAUGAUUGCUGGUUCAAGGGUACUUUACAGGUGGCAGCAAGCCAGCCAAAAUACUCUCUUGAAGAAGCUGUUUGAUUUAUUGAAUUUUGCAUACACACUUUUGGUUCUGAACUACUCCUGCAUUGGUUUCAUUGUAUUAAGUCUGCAUGAAACAAUAGCUGCAUAUGGAAGUGUAUACUAUGUUGGAACCGUUAUUCCAGUUCUCUUAAUCCUGCUCGGAAAUGUUAUAAAGCCAGCAAGGACAGCCAGAACUAAAGUCCGGAAAGAUUAGUGAGGUUUAAAUUGCAUCUUCUUGAGAGCUGGGAAGUUCUAAUUGGUUUACAAGUUCUUGCUCCAUUUGUUGUUUGUAAGAAUUUGUUCCAAAGAUGUCAUACUUCCACGGAUUACCAAGAUUUAUACUUUCAUAUUUA